AUUGGUGAAACCACCAGGCAACAACCAGGCUUACUGCUUUGGUGAGAAGAAACGAUGCCCACCCGGAUCAGGCUCAAAUGAUGGCUUUGAGCCAUGCAGAUCAGGAAGGCUUCCCAAUGUCACUGCUGACCCCACAGUAGACUAUGUAAUAGGUGAAACAACUAAUGGCAGGAGGGAGCGUCCAGAGCUACAGUUUAGAUGCCAUAUUGACACCCCUGUUGAAGAUGAGCUAGUGUUUGAUGUGCAAUGGUACAUGGAUGAUGACUUGGUCCACCAGGAAAGGAGGGUGCCACAGUCCAGCAUGCCUGCCAUACUGAGGGAGAGUGAUUGGAUCCAAGCUAGGAGGAACAAAGGCAUGGGAAACAAGCUGACAUGUCACUACCAGGCAAAAUAUGAGUCAUCGGGUAACACCACCCCAACACGCUUUAGUGACCCAUUCCCUAUUGGAUUUGAGAUUGAUGAGCAGUCAGCUCAUAUUGUAGUUGAAGAAGAUCAGACCAGCCGUGGUACAAUACGAGUCCGUCCCAGAGUUCCUCUGCUCUGUCCAUCCAAUAGGAGUGAAGAGGCAUGUUCUAUGAUGGUUGAGCUUAGAGCACCUGACUAUGGACGGCACAGAGGCAAAUGUCCAUCUAAUGGUGAUAAUCGUCAGCUUGUGUUUGAGACGACCAAGUGCACGUUCAACAUUUAUCCCUCCAAAUGGCAGGAGUGGCUGGAGAUACCUGUGGAAGCAACCAUUGAUAACCAAUAUGACGGAGACUUUAUCGGCAAAAUCCGUCUCUAUGUAGAUGAGGUCAAGACCCAUCCUGCCUGGAGCAAUCAUAGGCUUCCUGAUAUAAAGGUAACGGUUGUUGACAAAGAUAUACCAUUGAGGAAAAAGAGAUGUUCGUCCACUAACGAUCCUCACAUGUUCACCUUUGAUGGGCGUAAAUAUGAUAAUUUCAUAGAGGGAGAGUUCAUCUUGUACAAACACGCCACUCUCCCGAUACAAGUAAACAUGUUUGCCAAGAAAUGUGGAAGACGCGCACGUGCCACAUGUAAUUGUGGAGUGGCCGUAAGAGCUGGCGGUAAUAUUUUCAUCGUGGAUAAAUGUCAAGGCCACUUGGCUGAGGUCAUUCCCGGGCGACCUAAUGCAGGUUUUAGACCUACAAGGAUUGCAGUGAAUGGAUGUGAUGAAAGCGCCCUGCACAUUUACCGUAAAGCUAAUGAAUACACAGUAUACCUACCCCAUGGUGGAAGAGUCAAGAUAACUGGAAAUAAAGGAAACUUUGUUAAUGUUGCCUACUUCCCCUCAAGUAUUGACUGGGGUAACACUAAAGGCCUCUGUGGCAUACUCAACAAUGACAUCAGUGAUGACUUGACUGACAGGAAUGGGGUGGUACAUAGACCAAGUAAAAGACCUGAUGUAUUCUCUGUAUCAUGGAGAGUGAGCAGAAAUGAAAGUUUAUACAACCCACGGUCUUUUGAUCCUAUGCCCAAACGCUUGUACUGUAGCUGUGAGAGGCGUAGAGGGGAACAUAAUGUUGAAUGUGGCUUCAACCAAAAGAUCAAGCAGUGUAUGGACUCAGGAGUUGAUAUCUCUGACAGAGAGAGUGAAAGAUGCAAGACCAAACGCAGUACAACAUAUCAUGACCAUGUACAACACGCAGAACAGGAGGACUUGGUCUUUGAGUACGAUCCUGACUAUGUUGCACCAGCACCUGAGUGGAGGGAAGGCUGGGAUGAAGCUAAGGCAGCACAAUUCUGUAAUGACUUCAUGACUACAAGCCAAUCUUAUCUUACUUGUGCCGACCUACCUGAAGUGGACUCUGAAACACCACUGGAGGACUGUGUUGGGGAUAUACAUAUCACAGCAAACACUGAGUGGGCAGUUGAGGCAUUGACCAACCUACAGGCCCAGUGUGGGAACUCCAUGAGCCGUAAUGUCACCAAUUGGGUACCAAAUAAUCAGGGUGUCGUAGCCCCACCCAAGGAUGUCACAGACAAUCUGUGCCCUGGGGAGUGUAGCACACAGGGGAAAUGCUUUGAAGGAAAGUGCCAAUGCAAUGAAGGUUUCGAAGGUCUAGAUUGUUCCGUCAACUCAACGCAGCCCCCUGAGAUCUACAACAUCCCACAGAGGGCGCUAUGUGACAUACAGCAACGGCCAUGUCUCUCAACCCCAAUUGCGGGUGAGAAUUUCCUAGAAGCUGAGACUCUGACUUGCCAACUGGAAUAUGCUUUGGUGACCUCUAUUGCUAUAGAACGUGUGGCUGAGACCAGUUACCUCCCAGGUGUGUAUGAGCAAAAUGACCUGAUCAGCUGCCCCCUCCUAGAAGUAGACGGCUUCAGACAGACCCCUGGCAUAAGACGCAGUAUGGGACCAUAUGGGGCCUUCAUCAGAGUCAGCAAUGACAAGAUAACAUUCAGCAAACAGGAGUUAUUCCUGACAGUGUAUGACUCUAAAUGUCACAUAUGUAAUGAGACUGGCAGUUGCAGAUGGAAGACUGACAUCUGUGUCAUAGAUGAGCAAUGUUAUAACCCUGGAGAGAGACACCCUGAGAAAUCUUGCUUUGUGUGUGACACAGCUAGAAAUACGACUGCUUGGAGCCAGGUGGAAGAAAGCUGUCACAUUGAAGGGGAGUGCUUCAGAAAUGGUGAAACAAUUCAACCCAGAGUUCAAUGUAUUCUUUGUGACUCCAAUAGGAACAAGCUUGAUUGGACCUUCAAGGAUAACCAUUGUUUCAUUGAGAACCAGUGCUAUAUGAAAGGUGCCCAGAAAGGAGAAGACCCUUGCUCAGUUUGUGAACCUGCACAGAACAGAGAGGAGUGGACACACAAUACUAAUGAUAUAAGAUGUAGAGAACGUCCAGUAGAGACGAGCACACUGAGUACAACCCCCAGCAAUCCCCCACCCACAGACAAGGUAGAGACAGGGAGACCCCCUGUGGACAACUCCCCCCAGGCGCCUCAGAACAUGGGUCUUUACAUAGGGAUACCUCUAGCUGUGGUUGUAGCUGUGUGUAUCAUCAUAACAGUCAUCUACUGUGUACUACUGAGAAAACCAAAUGCCAAAGUUGUACACGAGCGAGGAUUGGUCUCCCCCCAGAUGUCAAUGCAGGAAAGAGCAGUUUACGAUAACAAUUGGCAGCACAUGAGACAGCAGACAUCUUCCCUAAAUGAGGCAUAGACUGCCAAACAAUGUUAACAUUUCAUCCAUAAUAUGGCUCUACUCGAAUCAACAGUCAAUUUCAGAAAUUGAAUUCCCACCAGUUUUGACAAUUGCCAGUAUUACAUUAUAAUGCAGUGAUGUAUAUACUACUGCAUGAGAUGAAAACACUAAAAAGUACAGGAUUUUAUAGAUAUAUAGCUUUGACUUGACUAAUGGAUUAUUCAAUGAGUUGAGUCUUGUGGUGAUUGAUUAGUGAAUAAAUAUGUUUAACUGAACCCUAAGGACAUACUGAUGCUAUCUAAUGCACCAAUGGAUUAUUACAACUUGCAGAAUAAACAUUGGGGUCUAAAUUGAUAUUAGCUCCUUCAAUAUACUAACAUACAUAGUACUAUCUUGCAGAUUCAUUUAUAGAUCAAAUAGACAUAAAACUAUAACUACUACUUGAUGACUUUAAAACAUCUUUGAAAGAAAGAAUUUAUAUAUCUAACAUUUUACAAUGUUUAAAAUCAAAUUUUCAAACAUAAUUGUGUUGCAAAAUCGCUCACUCAAACAUCCUGAAUGUAACAAGCAAAUUAGUCUUGCCUGAACUGGGAAUUGAACCCAAGGCCACUGCAUCAUAUAUAAAGUGCUCUACCAAUGAGCUAUACUGGUGGAAGAAAUGUGCUCUAUUAUUACCCUCAAUUGAUGAAUAUUGAAAUUUAUACCAUGAUAAUAUUACUUCCUGGUGAAUAACACAAUGGGAUAUAAUUGAAUUUGAAUCAUCUAAUGUAAUCUAAUGUAUAAUUCACCUGGUCAUUCCUGUAGUGAAUAUUCACUGACUGUAUUUUAUUCUCCAAUGUUUUUUUGUUCAAUGUACACCACAAUGUUUAUUAGGAAAAAGAC